CAAAUGAAGCAACAUUUUUGAACUGGAAGCUGAAAAGAGAACAGGCACUUCUUCUUUAGAAAAUGCUUUUAAAAUUAAAUUUAAGGACAAUGCUGGCUGCUUCUACUUUUGGACUAGUGAUAAUUGUUGGUGUUGAAUGCAAAAAUAAAUUAAUCAAAACCAGUCUGCAGGUUGCCAGAGAUUUUCACAUUUAUGAAUACCCAGAUGUGGCCAAACGUUCUUGUUCUCCAUGGACUUACAAGAUUGACCAAGGAAGUCGACGCAUUCCUGAAAUCAUCCAUGUGGCAAAGUGUCAGCAUCAGGGAUGUAUUGGACAGAAUGGAAAAGAAGACUUGACGUUUUAUUCUCUCCCCAUUAAACGGAAAAUGAUCUUUCUACAUAAAGUGAAGAAAGGUUUCAAGAUGAAAAUGAAGACAGUGUCUGUUGGAUGUACUUGUGUUAGACCACAUGUACAGAAUUAACUUAUUUGUGUCUAUGGAGUCUGUGUUAAACGAGGGAUACAUUUUAACUUGGAAGAAUUGCAGUAAUUCAGAAUUACACCCUACUGCUCCUGUUCUCUUAUUCUGUAUUGGUCUGAGUGUUUCCUUCAUUGUAGCUUUUGUACAAGUAUUGACACCCACAUUAUCAAGCAGUUGUGUGUUGACAUUCUGACUAUGGGGCAUUGGCUGGGAAUCAUAAACUAUUAAAAUGAGUAAAUUAACA